AUGACCCUGGAAGAUAAGCACAUAGUCCAUCACCGUGAUCCCCUGGAGGCUAUCAAGACAUUAUUGGGUAAUCCGGCACAUGCUGAACAUGUGGUCUAUGGGCCAAAGAAGAUAUUUAGUGACGCAUCUCAGAGUGAGAGGAUAUAUAAUGAGAUGUGGACUGGGGACUGGUGGAACACGCUUUCUCUUCAGGACAGGCUACCAUCUGGAGCAUGUGUUGCUCCUGUGAUCAUAGCCACAGAUAAGACUCAACUCACGCAGUUUACGGGUGGCAAGACUACAUAUCCUGUGUAUCUGACUCUUGGGAACCUCCCACGAGCUAUCCGUCGCAAACCAUUGCAACAAGCUUGCAUACUCAUAGCCUAUCUGUCCAUCAGCAAGAUGGUAGGCAAGCAGCUCACUAAGAAGCAGAAGUCAACGAGAAUUCAACAACUGUUCCAUGACUCAAUGUGCAUCGUCCUGGAGCCACUGAUAGAGGCGGGAAAGAAAGGGAUGGAGGUGACUGGGGGGGAUGGCAAGGUGCGGAUAAUGUACCCCAUCUUGGCUUGCUAUGUCGCAGAUUAUCCAGAACAGUGUCUGGUAACAUGCACCAAGUAUGGGACAUGUCCAAAGUGCCAAGUAAAUGACGAUGAGAUGGGUGGGAGAGAAGCAGCAGGCUGGAGGACUCAAUGCAGGACUUCAAAGCUCAUACGUAUUGCUAGGGAGAAGGCGACCUCUAUCAGCAACUUUCAAGAACUAUGCAAAGUGGACAACAUAUCAGGAGGAGUUCGUCAUCCUUUUUGGGAGGACUUCCCUCAUUGUGAUAUCCACAUGGGUAUCACCUCAGAUAUUCUUCAUCAGCUGUACCAGGGUGUUAAUGGCUGGUCUCAGCUAUCACAGGUCUCAGGAAAGGAGAGGAAAGAUAUGGCACGCAUCCUUCUUGGAUGUAUCAUGGGCAAGGCUCCAUUCCAGGUGAUAGUCUGCUAUAGAGCUCUACUUGACUUUAUCUAUGUGGCCCAGUAUCCCACACAUGAUGACUCUACCCUCCAGUAUCUCACCAACGCCCUGGACGAAUUUCAUGCAAACAAGGACAUCCUGGUGGAUCUUGGAAUACGCAAUCACUUCAACAUACCAAAGUUUCACUCGAUGCUGCACUAUGAGGAGUGCAUAUGUAAUUUUGGAACUACCGAUAAUUAUAAUACUGAAAUGUUUGAACAUUUUCAUAUAGACUAUGCCAAGGAAGCAUGGAGAGCAUCCAACUUCCGCAAUGAGCUCCCUCAGAUGACUCAGUAG